AUGUUUCUUACAUACCCCGAUGGUAAGAACCUCCCUGGCCUCAAGGGUCGCUGUAAACGCCUGAGAAAUCAGUCGCUGACGCCGACUUUUGCAGAUGAGCUCCAGCAUCUGCUGGAAAGUGAGGGCUUCGGCUCUGACUUUACCCUCGGCCCACUCCCCAGCUCUGAAUUGACGCCAGAGCUGGGUAUGCUGUCGGGUAGCACCCUCGACGCCGGGACCACGGUAUCGCCUCAAAGCCUUGUGCUGGAUGGCACCAUGCCUCCCUCGACCACGUUUUCGGGCUUGAGCAGCCCUGGCAGCUUUGAGUCGGCGACUCACUCCGCCGACCCCUCACCUUACAUCGCCAACGUGAGCGGUGUGCCCGGGGAGGCCAGUCCCGAUCUGGCCUCCGCCGCCCUCUUCCACACCGACUCGGUUGUGCCGACCGCGGGUGCUCUGUCCGAGCAGCCCGCAAAGGCCGAGAGCGAGGUCCCUGCGCCAUCUGCGCAAACCUCCCCGGCCUCCGUCUACCGCCCCGCCCCCACCAACCCCCGAAAGCGCAAGUCGCUUUCUCCUCUGGAGGGCCGUCUUCACUCGAUGGACCCGGAGGAGCAGCGCCGCGCCCGCAACACCCAGGCCGCCCGGACCUCGCGCCAGAAGAAGGUCGCCCGCCAGAAGGCCGCCGACGACCGCAUCCGGGAGCUGGAGGCCACUGUCGCCCACCAAGACGAGGAGCUCAAGGACGCCGACGCAGCCGUCAAGACGCUGCGCACCUACUACCAAACGCUGGAGGACAUCGUCUGUGCGACCAAGAGAGACUUGGACAAGGCCCGGCGUGUGGUUGAUGAGCAGGCAGAGGAGAUCGCCAAGCUCCGUCACCUGCUGGGUGAUUUGGGUGGCCCUGGCGGCGAUAACGACGAGGAGUGA